GUCAACAGCUUAUUUUUUUGUUACAGUAACAUUUUUGCUUUAUAUUGUGGCGAUUACCUGUUGGGCAGAACACUUGAAUUUGAUCGAUUGUGUUGUGUAGUUCGUGUCCUUUGCAGAAUAAAAAAAGUUAACAGUGCAAAAAAUGAAGUUUUUGAUUUUAAUAUUCGCAUUAAUUGCUGUUGUGAUUGCUAAUCCACAUUACGGACGUAGAGGAUAUGGAGGUGGUGGAUAUGGUGGAUAUAGACGAGGAUAUGGAGGAUACGGGGGUGGAUAUCCAGGUGGUGGAUAUGGGGGAUAUCCAGGUGGAAAUUUCGGAGGUGGAUUUGGAGGUUCUAGUUCAUUUGCUAAUGCUGGAAGUUCGAGCUUUGGUGGAGGUGGAUUUGGUGGAAGCAAUGCAUUUGCUAAUGCAGGAAGUUCAUCAUUUGGUUUCGGACGUUAAGACAAGAAUGGAUUAAUUUACUUCAACUAGAAUUAUACACAUCAUUUUCGAAGAUAUUUAAAGAACCACCAGUAGAAUUAUAAUCAUGAAUUUAUUAUUAUUUGACAAAUUAAGGCUUUCAAUAAAUUAUUUUUUAACUUAAUGGAA